GCCCAACACCAUCCCAGGGUGCUUUGCGGAAGCAGCUCCUUUCCGCUGGCCGUUCUCCCCGGGAGGAGGCCUGUAGGCAGCAGCCAUGGCGCCCAGCCGGAAUGGCAUGAUCCUGAAGCCGCAUUUCCACAAGGACUGGCAGCGGCGUGUGGCCACGUGGUUCAACCAGCCGGCGCGGAAGAUCCGCAGACGCAAGGCCCGGCAAGCCAAGGCACGCCGCAUCGCCCCGCGCCCCGCCUCCGGACCCAUCCGGCCGAUCGUCAGGUGCCCCACGGUGCGGUAUCAUACCAAAGUGCGAGCCGGCAGGGGCUUCAGCUUGGAGGAGCUGCGGGUGGCCGGUAUCCACAAGAAGGUGGCGCGGACCAUCGGCAUUUCCGUGGAUCCGAGGAGGCGAAACAAGUCCACGGAGUCCCUGCAGGCCAACGUGCAGCGGUUGAAGGAGUACCGCUCUAAACUGCUCUUGUUCCCGCGGAGGCCGGCAGCCCCCAAGAAGGGCGACAGCUCGGCUGAAGAGCUCAAGUUGGCCACGCAGCUCACAGGACCCGUCAUGCCCAUACGGAAUAUCUACAAGAAGGAGAAAGCCAGGGUCAUUACUGAGGAGGAGAAGAACUUCAAGGCGUUUGCCAGUCUUCGCAUGGCCCGUGCCAAUGCCCGGCUUUUCGGCAUCCGGGCAAAAAGGGCCAAGGAAGCUGCAGAACAGGAUGUUGAAAAGAAAAAAUAAAGUGCCAUUAGCAACUUUGGAUA